UUUUCAUUCACUUUCAACUUUUUCACACGAAACCUGCUCGACCUGCUCGAUUGUUGUUUUUAUAACCACACAUGUUAUUAGCACACAACACAAAUUCGGGAAUCAUGUUCGAAAGCAUAAGUUUUCUGUUCCUAUUCGCCCUGGCCUUCGUGGCCUGGGUCCUGCUCUGUUUCCAGCAUGUGGUCCAGACCCAGACGCGUGGCUCCUCCGAUUUCCGCGUGGAACUCUACACAGAGCGCCCUGGGAUUACGUUUGAGCCGCAGCUGUGCCACAGUUCCUCAGUGCAGGGUCCCUCCGGAGGCGCCUACGAGUUCGCAAAGAGCUUCGGGGUGAUCUUCGCCAUGACCUUGGGCCUGUCCAAGCUGCUCCAGCUGGCGGAGGUGCAGGUCAGGAGCUAUCUCAAGUGUCGCGAUGCCCUGCCCGCGCGGUCUGCGACCCAAGCUGAGGAACUUGCCCAUGAGCAGCCGAACCCAUCGAAUCCCUUUCGGCUGAACCACAACGAGGAACUGAAGGAACAACUCAGUAUCCUGCAAUCGCAGUGCCUGGUCAUGCGUGAGCUCCUCCAAGAGCUGCGGGACAGCAGCAGUUCCAGUAGUUAUGGGAGUGCCGAGUCCGGAAAAGAGCACCAGAUGCUCCAACCCUCCGAGGAACCCAUAGUACUGUGGAAGCGAUCGGACUCCAUAGCCGAAGUGUCCGGAUCAUCGCCCGCAGCCGCUCGAUCGGCCAACUCCCAGCCAGGCCAGAACAUCUUCAUCAGCAAUAGCCACAUCCACAUCAACUCAAGCUUUUAUCUUACGGAAAAUCGCGUGAACGUCGACCUGUGCCGGCAGGCAUCGAUGUACACCAGGAAGCAGAGCGAGUUCCUCCAGGUGUACGGCCAGUACAUCACCGGACCCAAGGAGCGGCCCAUGCUAGCGGGGAUGCGAUGCAACAACAUCCUCAUGUGAUAACCCAAAAUCCUCUAUUAAACUCUUAAUAAACAUAGUUAAUAGACCCUCUUGAA